AUGGAUAAAACCCUGUGUAAACAGUUUGAUACAUUGAGAAAAUAUUUACCCGAUGACUCAAGCAAUUCUACUAGUGAUAUUAAUAAAUUAGGGAAUGCUAAGUAUUACUGCUCUAAUGGAGAAUCAGAGGAAAAAGAAUGUAAGACUGAUUUCGAUAAAAUUAAGGCUGGAUGUUUAUGGUUGUUUGAGCAAUUGUUUGUGAAAAAUAAAAAAAAUAUCAGUACAGUUGAAUACAUUAUCAUAUGGUUAAGUUAUAAACUAAAUCAAAAGAAGUAUGACGGAAUCAAGGAUCUAAAUGAUUUUUACACUAACUGUAUAGAAAAUAAUAGGCAUUAUACUAGUUGUAAUAAUGAUAGUGGAGAUUGUAGUAAGCAAUUAGAAGAUAAUACGGGAUAUCCAAAUUAUAAGAAAAUCAUAGAUGGAAGAAAGAAUUUGUUGAGUACUAAUAUUAAAAAUAUGUCUAAAAUAUAUGAUGCAUUUAAACUAUUAUGUAACGUGUAUACUGAAAUUAAUGCAGACAACACAAUAUCUAAUAAAUCUUUAGAAAAUGCUAGUGAAUUUGUUAAAAAAUAUAAUGAACUUAAUAACGUUUCUGAUAUUGAUGGAGAUGGUCCUUAUUAUCAAGUAUUGUCUACAUUAUCAAAUGAUUAUAUUAAUUUAAAACAGUAUUGUGAUAAUAAUAGCAUUGAUUGUAACAAUAUUCCACCCCUUAUCCCGACAGAAACAGCAGAAAGUGGUAUGCAAAGUUCUGAAGAGAGUUGUUAUGUUACAUUAUCAACUUUGUCGAUAUGUUCGUUAUUUGUAUUACGGAAAAGAGCUCAAAAAGAAUAUUUAAGAGAAAAACUAAAAAAUAUAAAGAAGAGAAUGAAUCAUUAA